UUUUGGAGCGUCUUUCCGUCAAGUGCUACAACACAUCCUGCACGUAUUUUAAUUUAGAUGCCUUCUCUUGUUCGCUGCUUGUUUAUACUUAAGACUUAAGACGUGAAGGCGUUACUUCACGUCUGUUGAAAACAAUUGAGAAACUUUAUUCGUUAAGAUAUCAUUCUAGCCGUUUCUACAUAAUAAGCUAUUGAAACAUAGUCUAGACACUAGCCUAAUUAGAAUCGGUAAACCUAUCUUGAAGUUGCUGUAAUAUAUGCUAACCAUCGAAGCUGAGUUAAGCUGAAUUAAAUUCUUCAUAAAUCGUUAAAAUGCCUCUUCUGCAACAUGUAAUGGACACUGACUUGGAGCGGUUAGCCCUGGACCACAUUUUCCCAUCCCUAUUGGACCAAGGAUUUUUUUACGUGGAUAACUUUUUAGGAGAAUUUGUUGGACACUUUGUUUUGGACCAGGUGAAAGAGAUGCACAACUCUGGAAUUCUGCAGGAUGGACAGCUGGCUGGAUCUGGUCUGAAUUCUGGUAUCUCCAAAAGAAACAUUCGGGGUGACAAGAUAGCCUGGGUCAGUGGAAUUGAAAGGGGGUGCGAAGCAAUUAACUUCCUCCUUACAUUAAUCGAUAAGUUGGUUUCUCAUUGCAUCUGCCGACUUGGAAAAAGUGUCAUUCGAGAAAGAUCGAAGGCUAUGGUGGCGUGCUAUCCAGGAAAUGGGACAGGCUAUGUGAAACACGUGGACAAUCCCAAUGCUGAUGGCCGCUGUGUCACCUGUAUCUAUUACCUGAACAAAAACUGGAACUCUAAGGAGCACGGGGGAAUUCUUAGGAUUUUUCCUGAGGGUAAAUCCUACGUUGUGGACGUUGAGCCUCUGUUUGACAGACUGCUGUUCUUCUGGUCAGAUAGAAGGAAUCCACACGAAGUGCAGCCUUCAUAUGCAACAAGAUAUGCUAUAACAGUGUGGUAUUUUGAUUCAGAAGAAAGGGCUGAGGCAAAGAGACGUUUCAGAAACUUAACAGCCUCCAAUCAGGACCAGGAACGAAACGCCCCAUGAACUUUGACCUUUAAUGGCACUCUAUCUUGUCUGACACAAUUCAACAUUGGAUCCCCAAUCCUUUGGACUGUCAUGGGCUGACUAAAAGUUUUCACAUUUUGGUCUAAUCGCUGUUUGGACUGUGGUUGCACCUAAAGCCAGAAAAAUGAGCAAUGCUACAAAGAUAUGUGGUUUAGAUGGCUGAUAAGAUAUAUGUUUGAUGGCUUUCUACAUAGAUAUAUAUUUUUUAUCAACUUAUUUGCUGCUUUUCCAAUAUGACCGGGGUACUAAUGUUUGUUUUUUAAGUAUCCUUGAUCUCAUAUAAUACUGCACUAGGUCCUUAAUAUCUGAAUGCUCCUGACACCCAGCAAUUAAUUCAUGUCCACGAACAUAAAAACAGUUGUUUUUGUUCAUAUAUCUGAGGCUGUAAUGCUAUUGUGUGAGCUCUUGUUGUACCACUUGCACUGAUCUUGUCCACAUCCUGAUUGUGCUGUCCUUUUAUGGAUAACAUAACGCAUGGUAUUCUAAUAAUGACCACGUGGUGAUCAGACCUUUGCCUCUGGAAGAAGUUUGGCUGUUUAUACACUGGCUGCCCAUAUCUGACAAUUCUUUGAUUAACACGUGACCAACACUUGACCAAUCAGAUCAAGUCUGAACAGAUGUGAUUGUCACAUGUGAUUGAAAUAUCUAGUACAGUAAGUUUUAUGAUGGUAAGGACAUUGGGCUACUCACGCUGUGUCCUAAAUGGUGAGAAGGAACACUGAGUUUAGCCAAAUACUUACUAGUUUAUUACACAUUAACAAUCAUUAUAAACAAUUGUAAAGUUAUGAGUGACUACUAGGAAUGCCGUCAUUACUGAUAGCACAAUAUCUGCACUGUCUGCUUGUAAAGGUUCAGCAUUAUGUCUUAUGAGAAGAAAUAAAUUGUUGAUGCAAUAUUCAGCUUUUCAUUGAGGUGGUGAAUUAUUUUUUUUUUAUUGUGGAAAUGCAGGAAGGUACAGUAUUGUGCAAAAGUUGUGUGUGUGUGAUGGUUGACCGUAAACCAGUACUGGUGGAUACAGUGUACUACGAUGAAAAACAUUGGGUGGUUUUGUUCAUUUUGAUUACUGAGUUUAAUGUAAUAAAACAGUUUUUCACGUC